GGGAGGCAGUGUGGGGACAGCCAGGAGAAGGGGGCAGGCCCAGGUGUGGCUGGGCUGAGAUGUGAAGGAGAUGUCUUAGGGUGGGAUGUUUCUGUAGGACUAGGAGUCCUGGUGUGUCACCCCCCUCAAAAGCGGGGGGCUUGGUGGGGUGAGAAGUGCUGGUGGGCCCAGGGCUUGAGGGAGCUGUGCCCCAGGAGAUGAGCCUAGUGAGUGGUGGAGGCCUCAGGAGGGUCUCUUGAGAGCCCCCAGAAAUAGGUUUGGGUGCUGGGAGGGAGGGAAGAUGAAGGAAACCUGCCGGAUCUGUGCUCGGGAGCUGUGCGGCAACCAGCGGCGAUGGAUCUUCCACACAGCGGCCAAGCUGAACCUCCAGGUGCUGCUCUCCCAUGUCCUGGGCAGGGAGCUGUGCCGGGAUGGCAAAUCUGAGUUCGCUUGCAGCAAGUGUGCCUUCAUGCUGGACCGCAUCUACAGGUUCGAUACUGUCAUUGCGCGCAUUGAGGCCCUCUCCAUCGAGCGCCUGCAGAAACUGCUACUGGAGAAAGAUCGCCUCAAGUUCUGCAUUGCAAGCAUGUACCGCAGGAACAAUGAAGACUCUAGCACAGAUGACAGAGCUGGGGAUGGGACUGUGGACCUUUCUAACCUGCCUGAUGUACGGUAUGCUGCCCUCCUUCAGGAGGAUUUUGCUUAUUCUGGAUAUGAAUAUUGGGCGGAUCAAGAUGAGCACAGCCUGGAGCCACACAGCUGCCAUGCUUCAGAAGGAGCAAGUAACCGCCCACGGCGUUGCCGUGGCUGUGCUGCGCUGCGGGUGGCUGAUGCUGACUAUGAAGCAAUUUGCAAAGUGCCACGAAAAGUGGCCAGAAGCAUCUCCUGCGGGCUCUCCAGCCGGUGGUCAGCCAGCAUGGGCAAUGAGGAAUCAUCAGUGUGUGACGCGGCGGAGUCCACCAGCGCCAGAGUGCCUGUGGAUGGGGAGAGCAUGGAGGAAGGCACGCCUGCAUCCUCUGUCGAGUCCCUGGACACAACUGUGGAGGCCAGCCCCCCACAGCAGAAGGAUGAAGAUGCAGAUAAGGGAGUGAAGGGGAAUGGGAAAUGUGACGAUUUCUCAGAUGAGCGCAUGACCCCAAACUCUUCGCUGAGCGGGAACAGGCUGGAGCUGGCCCUCAGUUUGAUCAAGGCUUUGGACUACAAACCCCUUCAGAGCCCCCGAGGCAGCAGGCUACCUAUUCCUGUGAAGUCCAGCUUGCCCCCUCCCAAGCUGAGCCGCGACUUGGCAGAUGGCAGCACUUCUGCUGGCUUAGCGUGUGCUAGUUCUGUCUUCCUGAACGCAGACAGAAAAUCCUUUUCCAGAGCCCCUUUGGGUCUUCCCCUGGAGAUUUCUGAACUUCAGGAGCUGUGGGAUGACCUCUGUGAGGAUUAUAUGCCGCUGCGGGUGCAGGAUGUGCAGGUUGAACAUCAACAGCCGGCUCCAGGUGACCCUGCAGCAGAGGAGCAUGUGUCUGAUCUGUGUGCUGCAGAGCUGCAGGGCAAAAUCCAGCAAUUUGAAGCUGCCAACAAGUUGUUACAGGAAAAGCUGAGUGAAUUGAGUUUUGAAUUAAAAUCUGCCCAAGAAACAUCGCAGAUGCAAGAUCUUACAAUCCAGAAUCUGAAUGAGGCCCUGAAGAGCAAAGAGAGUAAGACAGAAGAGCUGUACCGUAUCAUUGAAGGGCAGAAUGAGACGAUGGCCAAGCUACGGGACAAGUUACACAGAAGCCAUCUGGGACAGUUGCAGGUGUCAGAGAACCUACUCUCAUCCCAGGAGCAGCAAAUGUCACUGCUGGAUCUUCAGAACACACUUUUCUGCACCAAGCUGGAGAUGCAGAAACUGAAAAGAGCUCAGCACCAGAAGGAGCAUCAACUGGCUGAAGCCAGGAGAGCAACCCAGCUCCUAGAGACCAUGGUGCAUGAGGAAGAGCAGCAGAAAGAGGCAACCUGGAAACACAACCAGGAGCUGCGUGCUGUGGUGCAGCAGCUAGAGACAGAGCUGCAGGACAAGGCUCAGCAGCUCCAGACAGUGGAGUGGGAGAAAUGCCGUGAGCUGCAGGCCCAGGAGCAGUGUUUUCAGCAUUUGAAUCAGCAGCUGGCUCGCAAGGAACAGCUUCUGCAGGAAUCGAGGGAGCUUCUGCAGUGCCAGCAAAGCUUGGACAAGAGCCCUGCAGCCAUGAAUGCCAUGCUGGAGAAACUGCAGCAGCGAGUCAGCGACAGGGACGCUGCUCUGGAGCGAGCAGUAGAUGAGAAGUUCUGUGCCCUGGAGAAGAAGGAGCAAGAGCUGCAACAGCUCCGUCUCUCAAUAAGGGAGCGUGGAAGUGACCUGGAGAGACUGCGCAAUGUCCUGUCCAGCAACGAGGCCACCAUUCACAGCCUGGAGAGCCUCCUGAAAGCCAAAACCCUGGAACUAGAACAGGUCUCUGCAACCUGCCAAAACCUCCGCUGGCUCAAAGAGGAGAUCGAGGCCAAAUCCUGCAGCAGGCAGAAGGAACAGGAGGGGAUCAUCCAGCAGCUGCAGACCUGCCUGCAUGACAGGAACAAGGAAGUGGAGGAGCUUACAGCAACUCUGCUGUGCAAGCUGGGCCCAGGACAGAGUGAGGUAGCAGAGAAGCUGUGCUUGCGUCUCCAGCACAAGGAGAAAAUGCUGCAAGAUCUCCUCAGUGACAGGAACCGUCAGACUAUGGAACAUGAUGCUGAAAUCCGGGAGCUGCUGCAGGCUGUGAGCACCAAGGAGCAGCAGAGCAGAGCGGCUGCACAGAAGAUGGCACAUGCUUUGGCUGAAAGGAGCUGCGAGUUACAACUAUUGCGCCAGCAUAUGUUGGGGAAGGAGCCUGUCGGGAUGCAGUCAGUUGGUGCCAGGCUGUCGAAGCAGGACAAACAGCCUGUACAAGGAGUACUGCAAAGAGCUUGUGGAGCUACAGUCAUUGCUGGACCCCCACAGGGAGAGAGCAUCUGCAGGACAGAGGGAGUUAUGAUGUCAGCAGCAGAACUGGAGAAGGAUCUUGUUAAUGCCAGGGAGGAGCUGGAGCUGAUGGCAAAGAAGGAAAGGGAAAGCAGGCGGGAGCUCACUGCUCUCCAGUCUGUCAUAGCCACACAGGAAGAAGAGCUGCAGGUGCAGGCCUCAGAUAUAGAGGCCUUGACCAGGACCGUCCAGAUCAAAGAGGACCUCAUCAAGGAUCUGCAGAUGCAGCUUGUGGAUCCUGAAGAAAUUCCAGUCGUGGAAAGGCUGACACAAGAAGUACUGGUGCUUCGGGAGAAAGUGGCCAUAGCAGAGUCACGAGGACAGGAGGCUACUGGAAACAGAAGGCAGCAGUUGUUACUGACGCUGGAAGGACUGGUGGCUGAAAGGAAUCGGUUAAAUGAGGCUCUUCAGGCAGAGAGGCAGCUCUGCAGCAGCCUGGUAAAGUUUCACAUGCACCCAGACAGCGCUGCGAGAGACCACACUCUGCAGGUGGAGCUGGAGGGGGUCCGCAAGCUCCGGGGACAGCUGGAAGAAGCUCUUGGAAGAAGCUUGGAGUUUUUGAACAGGCUGGAGACACAGGACGCCAUAGGAGGUCAGGCCACAGGUACAGAUGCUGAUGAUGCCAGCAGCACCUUUACCUACAGCAUCAAGGAGGAGGCAGCCCAUGGUGUGGCAACCCAGCACAGCAGCCCCCAGGCCCCUAAGGAAAACAGGGGCACUGAAAGGACCCUGAUGGGGAGCACAGCACCCACCGUGCCAGAGCAGAUGCUGCAGGCAGAAAAGGAGCUGCAGGAGAUGAAGGUGCAGCUGGAGAAAGCCGGCUUCUCCUCUGUCUCCCAGAUCAGGGAGGUGAUGCUGAGCCUGUGCCUGGAGAACACAGAGUUGAAGGAGCAGAUUUACGAAGCCACGUCGCUGCUAGAGAGUGCGGAGCAGGAGGAGGCUGACAUGGGCAUCCCUCUGGCCCCCAAGUUCCGCCAGCUACAGCAGAAGAGCUGCAAUGCCCUUGCAGAUCACCUGGCUGGGAGCAGUGGGGGUGGCCAGUGGGUUCUGGCAGAGAGGGGAGCUGUGCCUGGCAAAUGGCCGGUGCUGGAGGCGAAGGGUACAGUUCCCGGCAGAGCCUGGUCGGGGCUGGUCAAAGAGCUGUGCUCCCAGGUGGCGCAGGGCCAAAGGCAGUGCCAGGAGCUGCAGGACAAGCUCGCCGCCUCAAAGGCCAUGUUGCAGGCACAAGCUGAGCAGCUGGAGAAGUACCACGUCCUGCUCUCAGGUGAACCCCACACACGGCAGCUCAGCAAGCAAGUGCAGGUAGACUUCCAGGACCUGGGUUACGAGACAUGUGGGCGAAGUGAGACCGAGGCCGACCGGGAUGAGGCCACUAGCCCUGAGUGCGAGGAGCUGGAGGCCCCAUUCCAGCCAGGGAUGCCUAGGGCAGGCAAGGCUGCCCAGAAGACCAUGGCCCCCGCAGAUGUGGUGGCCCUGCACCAGCACAUCCAGGACCAUAAGGCACAGUUGCCUAAUGCCAACAAGGUGACCCAGAGCCUGCAGCGCCGUACCCGUUCUGUCUCUGUCACCAGUGGCUACACCUCAGGUGCCGAGCAGCCCCCGCUGGGUCCCACAGCGCUGGCCUCCCCGGCCCACAGCCUCACUGACGAGGACGAGGGCUGGCAGUCAGACAGCCACAGCACCCUCUGCCCAUCUGACCUGCGGGCACACCACAGCUGGCAGCAGCUGGAGCACCGUGUCUUCCCCCUCAAGGCACAGCUGUCUGCAACCAAGCCUGAGCAGCUGCAAUCUGCGACUCAGUCAUGGAAUUACCACCGGCUGAUCCAAGCACAGGCUCGGGAUCUCUGCCACCUGCGGCAGACGCUGCGGGAGGGCCACAGGAUGAGCCACAGCCUAGCCCAGCACCUGCACCAUGCCCUGCGGUCCUUUGAGGACCUCCUUCAUGGCACCGACAUUGACUACUAUCUGGGCCAAGGCUUUCGGGAGCAGCUAGACCAGGGCAGGCAGCUGUCAGAGAGGCUCAGCAAGAAGCUGGGCACCAGAGAUCGAGCAUAUGGGAAGGAUAAAACCAGCCAUGAACUCCUGACGCUGAGGCUCAGCCAGGAACUCCAGGAGAAGGAGAAGGUGACUGAGAACCCGGAGGUGAAACUGCGGGAGCACUGUGAAUCCCCUGGCAGCAACCGCCCACCCUCUGAGUUAUCCUGCUCUGUCACCAGUUCCUCCUUCAUAUCUGAGGGGCUGGAGGCCCGCUCUGACGGGGAUGAAGCCAGUGAGUGCAGCCAGUGCAGCCAGUGCCCUGAGGAGCCUGUCCGGCUUGCAGGCCUCUGCUUUGACUCCUUGUCCAAACCUGUUAGUGCCCCCCUGCCUCCUCUGGCUUCCCAGCUGCCCCCCUUCCUGCUUGCUGGGUGCCCCACUCCUGCAGCCCCCCCACUCCUGGGCUGCUGUGGGACCCCUGUCUGCUCCCUGGCCGACGUGCAGCAGGAGCUGCAGGUGCUCCAGAGGCAGCUGGGAGAAAGCCUGACGCUGCCCGUGGCACCAGUGAAGCCCACAGCUCCACCGGGCUCCUUAGGAGAGGGCAGCAAAGCCCCAGCGCUGCUCAACCGACACGGUGCGCUGCAGAGCCUGGCUGGGAUCCCCAGGGCCACUGACACCCGCGCCCGCUGGGGUGUGCCUGCUCCCGGCCAGCCGCUUUGCGGGGCCCUGCCAUCGGGUUACCCCGCCAGCCAAAAGCUAACAGGGGCCGACCUGCUGGAGGAACACUUGGUGGAGAUCCGCAGCCUGCGCCAGCGCCUCGAGGAGUCCAUCUGCACCCAUGACCGGCUCCAGGAGCAACUUGAGCGCCGCCUGGCCUCCACCAGCAAGGCCACCGGGCUGCCCAGCGACAUCCAUGCCCAGACACGGGAGCUGAGGCUGCAGCUGAGCAGGGAGAACCAGGCUCUGAGUGAGGACAACCGGACUCUGAGGCUUCAGCGCGACCACCUCUCCCAAGAGCUAGCGCAGGUGCAGGAGGCGUUCCUGACUGCCUGCGCCCGGGCACGGGAAGCUGAAGCAGAGCUGGACCAGAGGCACAGGAAUCAGCAGAAGCUGGUGGAUGAGCUCACCGAGUACCAAAAGAGUGUCCGCCGGCUCCGGGAUGAGCAGCGCUCUUUGCAGGAGAAAAACAACAGGCUGCAGCACAGAGUGAUGCUCCAGCAGCAGCAGUGUGAGGAGCACUGCCGGCUCCUGCAGACCACGCGCACGGAGCUGCAUGUCUGUGAGAGCCUCCCUGGCCCCUCUGCUGAGGCCCACGCAGGCUGCUUCCCGUCUCCUCCGGUGCGGGAUGUUGGCACAAGUCUAGCAGCUCCCCACUUCUCCCCACUGCCCUCUGACAUGUUGGCGGCCCAGCGGAUAGCCGAGCCACGUGGGGCAGACCCACUGGCAAAGAAGAGCAAGGAACCGACACAGGCUCACGUUGUUGCCUGCCCUAACACCUACCGGGCCCUGGAGCAGCGCAUCCUGAAGGGGAAAGGGCUGGCCCAUGAGCUGAUGUCUCUCAUGCACCCAGCGACCAGGCUGCCCAGCUGCCCGCUGCCGGGAAAGGAGGUCCUGGGGUGGUCAGGCAUGGGGCACCUCUGCAGCAGUGCCAGCACCCUGCACAGCAUCCUGGAGGAGUGCACAUCUCUCCUCACUGCCUUCUGGAGCACCGUGCUGCCCAUCAGCCCUGCCCAGCACCAGGACAAGGAACAGGCGCUACAGGGUGAGAUUGCGACACUGCAGGCCCGGCUUGCUGAGCGGGAGGAUGCUCUGCAGAGCAUGGCCCGUCAGCUGCAGAGUACAGUCCAGCUCAAGGACAAGAUGGAGCAGUUUAUCGUGACCCACUUGACCAGGACCCACAAUAUGCUGCGCAAGGCCAGGACAAACCUGGAGGGCACGGCAGCCAGCUGGUGCAGGCCCGAUGUGGCAGCACUCCCUCUUGCUGCCACUCGCCAGGUGAAGGCCCAGCAGGCCCUGCCCGUCUCGUGAGCACCGGGCACGAAGCGAUGCCCGCUGCGGCCCAGCAGCAUUUCACACCCCCUCACCCUAGAACUUGGUCCCAGUUGUAACCCUGCUACCUACCCGUCCCUGCUCGUGUCUGUAUAUGUAUAUAGAUAGGUAUAGCGGAGCUGCGUUCUGGGGGCUCCCCGGGCACGUCAGGGCCCCGGUGCGGGAGGAAGAUGUAAGAAAUGCCAUGUUCUGUUCAGGAGUUGUAAGUUCCUAAUAAAGGUCUACUUUGGGUUGUGUUUCUGCCACGCUCA